AAAUGCGGGGAGCUUCUCGAAAGGCCGCCAGAUUACCGGGAAAUGGUGGGUCCCGGGAAAGUGCACGCAAGGUCGAGCGCCGGCGACGGAGAGAGAGUGAGAGAGGGAGGUGAUCGUCUCGGCAGCGAGCAGGAGAGGGGCCGAGCGUGAGGGCUGUGAGAGUAGGCUUCGAAUCCUCGGCAGUCGGCUGGAUCUUCGACCCAGUCGUUCAAAAUGCGGUUUAGGGUUCGAGACUACGCGGCGGAAGCCGAGUCCUGCCAGCUUCCUCGUUUCCCCGCGCUUCAUCACCCUCUCCCUAUCCCUUGCUCACCUCCUCCGGUGCCAUCGCCUCCUCCUCCUCCUCCUCCUGGUCAGAUCGGAGAAUCAUCGUCGGCCGCUCAUCCGAUCGCUCAGUCACCGCUUCAUGAGUCUGACAGGGAAGAAAUUGAGAAGGCUAAUGCUCUUGAUGAUCCGUUAAGGCAUCCUCUGCGAGAUGCUUUCGCAUCAAAACAUGAAAAUGUAGCUGAAUAUGUAUCAGAAGGUAGUACGUAUAGUGAAGCUGUCAAGGUGGUGAAGAAGGAGUGGAUCACACUUAAGAGGUGCCUUCUUCAGAAGUCUUCUAUCAGCAAGAUUCCUAUUAGAUUGAUGCCUGAUGUUAUACAAAGGAUCAGUAAAGGAAGGUCAUUGAGGACCAUGCAUCUAGAGGAAAUUGAAGAUCCACAGAAGGCUUCAGAAGAAGAGCUUGAAUAUGUGACACACCAACAAUAUGUUUCACGCUUGAAUGAGCUAAAAGAUGAGAUAUCUAAAGCCUGGCAAGCUGAUGACCGUGUUACUGCUCUAAAGUUGUCAAUCAAGGUUGGUAAACUUUUGAUGGACACAUCAGGGCUUUCUUUUUAUCCAACAUUAUUUAUGUUGGUAACAGAUGUGUUGGAUACAUUGGGCGAUUUGGUAUGGGAAAGAAUCAAAAGAAAAGCAGAAUAUGAUGAUGAUGGAAACUUUCUCGCCAGCUUACCAGAGAGGUUUGAUGCUGUACAUGUUCGUACUGAAGCUAGGGACACUUGUCGCAACUGGUUUGCAAAAAUUGGUGGCGUACGGGAACUCUUACCUCGCAUAUAUCUAGAGCUUGCCAUUUUACAUUGCCGGCUUUUUCUGGAGGGUAACCUCAUCAGUAAUGUAGAGCGACUGACUAUGAUGAUAAGAGGAGUUGCAGAUCCAUUGGCAUCUGCAUAUUGUCGUACAUAUAUGGUUCGUUGUGCACAAGCAUUACUGCCAUCUGAUUCAGGGUUUAUCAUUACAUCACUUAAUGAUCUCUGCACUCUCAUGAGACCAAUUGCCCUUGGGAAUGAAAGUUUCUAUGGUUCUUCUGAAAAGAGGAAGUUAGUUGUUGCCCUCUUGGAACCUACUAUUGAAUGGAUGAUGAAAUGCUUGUUUAGGAGUGCAUCACAAUCUGAACAGAAGUUGCAUCUUAUCACUGAGAAGUUUGGGUUACCAAAGAGCAUAUCAAAGGCAUCGAACUACCCUUGCGUUUCAAUGGUGCUUUAUUAUUUUUUGAGAGAACUCCCUUCAGAAGCUUUUCCUCUUGUUGCUUUAGACAUACCUGAUCUUAUUGAAGAUUGCAAGGAUACUUCUCUAGAUCAGUGGUUAAAUUACAGAUUGCUUGGAUCCAAACUUUGUGAAAGCAGCCAUCCUUCAGAUUGCCACUAUCUUAUUCUGGAGAAAGUGUUUAAAGUUGCCUGCCAUUAUGAUGAAUGUUAUGAGUAUCUAGAAGUUGCUGAUGUCUAUCUUGACUUCAUCCUUCAACAUGACAUGGGAAGUCAUCUAAACAUGAUUUUGGACGAAAUAUCAGUUCGUGCAGAGAAAAAUAAAUUCACUGAGAAGGAAAUAACAUGUAUUGAAUCAAUCAUGUUGAAGCUUGUUAAUCACUUUACUGAACUGGAAGAUUUGUUAGCUUUGAGACAUUUUAUGCACAUCCUAGAUGCAACCUAUGGAAGCGCAUGCAGAACAAUUUGUACAUGUAUCCUUGGUCGUGUAGUAAGGAUUAGCUGCAUUCAGGAACCUGCAGAGAUCCAAUUUCUGUUUCAGAUUUCAAGGACUCUAUAUGAUAAAAUGGAAAGAUCAAGCUUUGACAAUGAUCAAUAUGACAGUCUCAUAGCACGUUUUAUACAGCUGGUUGAUUUUGGAUCUGAUGUAGAGGAACAUUUGAACUUCUUGAUUGAUUGCCGGGCUGCUUUUGGCCGAACAGAUCAGCUAUUGGAUACUAUCAUCCACUCCUGCAAUUGUUUGGCAGUCAGAGCUAUGAAAGUGGCAGGAAACCAUUCCGUUGGUUUUGUGAAAGCAUGUCUUGCUUUCACUGAGGUUACUAUCCCUGCAAUCAUGGAUGACCUUAGGAGGAUUAAUCUUUCUAUUGAAACAGCAGAGAUUGCAUUGCAGCAUGACCUCCUAUCUCAAACUGAAGGUCUCAUUGAUGUUGCCAUAGGCAGCUUUGACAGACUAGAUCCUAAAAGUGGUUGUUGUUCUAUCUUUGAUGCGGAAAGACUUACCUCAUCAUUUCAAUGCUUAUGCAGCUUCUUAAUCAUGGUUCCAGUUAUCCACUCUUUUUUUCUCGCAGUUGUUACUGGAGAUGGAAUAUGUAGCUUUUUGAGGAGGUUGAUGGAUAUUACUAAUUCUAUGUUGUGGGUGACUCCCACAUUGAGAAGCAGGUUGCUUUUUGCAAUUGUUUCAGUUGCUGCAACAGUUUCUCAGAGAAGGCUUCCAUACCAUGUAAUUAGUGAUGGGAUAGUGGGUGAUGACCUCCUGUAUCUUGGGGGGAUAUCUUUCCUUAAUAAGCUUCAUGAAGUUUGUGAUUCUGCUGUGCGCAGCAUUUUGGACACCAUUGAAAGAGAAAGCAACACCGCUGCCAGAGGAUACAUUGCACUUGAGGCUUGUUUCUGCCUUCUCUCUGCCUUUCAGGUAACUGACGUGUCUCACAUUUGCUGCCAACUAAUUGAUAUCGCAAAGUCUAGCUUGCCAGAGAACAAUAGUUAUCUGCAGUCAGCUGUAAGCGUAUUAGACAGACAUGAAACUUACUUCUAGCCAACUUCUUGCAGCCAUUUAAGUGUAGAUGUUUGUUUUCAUUUUUGGAGUUUGCUGUCCAACGGUGUGUGGACUAAUUUUUUGUUUCAUUAUAAAAUUUUUGUUUUCUUA